UCAACUCAACAGCAGAUAGAUUCGGUUUCGAGUUUGAGGUCAUUUCACCCUUAAGUGUGUGGAUAACAAUUUAAAUUAAUUAAUAUUUCCAAAGCAGUACAUAUAUCUUGAUUAACUAAAUAUUUCUAAUUUUACAUUCAAUUUUAAGUUUUUAAUAUGACUACUGCUACGGGAAGAGUAGGUGACUUGAGUGAGGAGCAAAUGAAUGCUUUAGAAAGUUUUCGAUCUUCUAUGGAAGAUAUCUUAAGACCAGAACAUGAUGACUAUUUUUGUUUAAGGUGGCUCCGAGCUAGGAAAUUUAAUGUUACUGAUGCUGUACAGAUGCUUAGAACUAGUUUACAAUGGCGUAAACAGAUUGGAGCUGAAUCUCUAAUUGAUGACUAUGAACCUCAUGAAGUACUUGCAAAAUAUUUCCCAGGUGGUUUAGUUGGGCAUGAUAAGGAAGGUUGUCCUGUAUGGAUUAUACCCUUUGGUCAUAUGGAUAUUAAAGGUAUGUUUUAUUCCGUGAAAAAAUCGGAAUUCAUCAAAUAUGUUGUAAAAUUGAUGGAAAUUAGUGAACAAGAUAUGAAAGAUCAAACAGAAGAACUUGGCAAGAAAAUUGAGACUCAUAGCAUUAUUUUUGACAUGGACAAUUUUACAAUGAAGCAAGUUGCCUGGAAGCCAGCUGUUGACAUGAUGACUCAUCUUGUUAAGGUCUUUGAAGAUAACUACCCAGAAAGAUUGAAAAAGGCAUAUGUUAUUAAUGCUCCUGCAUUUUUCCCAAUGGCAUAUGCACUGAUAAAACCUUUUUUGAGUGAGGAAACUGCUAAGAAGAUACAUGUAUAUGUCAAAGAAACAUGGAAAAGUGCUGUGUUUGAAGAUAUUGAUCCAAGUGAGCUGCCUAGCCAGUGGGGAGGAACUAAACCAGAUCCUGAAGAUAGGCCUUUGGUUCUUAUGGGAGGGCAAGUUCCUGCCUCAUUUUACACUGCCCCUAGUCGACGUUUGUCAACAGAUACUGAUUUAACAAAAAUCACAGUUGAGAAAAAAUCUGUCUAUCCUGUUGAACUCACUGUAACUGAUGUUGGCUCAACUCUGACUUGGGAAUUUCAAACAGAAAAUUAUGAUAUUGGCUUUAGUGUUUGGUUUAGACCAGAAGGUGGAAUUGCAGAGGAAUUGGUCCCUUUGCAACGUGUCAAUUGUCAUUUGGUACCAGAAGAUGGAAUGUUAGUUUGUGACAAACCAGGAAAAUAUAUUUUGAAGUUUGAUAAUUCCUUCAGUUGGUGUCGACGUAAGCAUAUCCUGUAUCAAGUCCAAGUUAUACCUCCAAAUAAUGGGAAAAAUAUGAGUUAUAACUAAGCAAAGAAAAUAUAUCAUUAAUUUCAUAUUUCAGUUGUCUCUCAUAAUUGUAUGUUUAUCCAUAUUCGUGUUAAUUAUAUUUGAACAAAUUCCAGUGUUUAUAGUUCUUGCACUGAUGAGAAUUAAUAUUUAAGUGCAUUGUUAUCUUAAAUUAAAACUGUAAAACCCAUUUUUCUGUAAUUGUUCAAAACUUUAAUUUAUUAUUUAUUUAGGUUUUUAAAAAAUAACCAAUUUUUGAUGCAAAGUUGUAUUAUGCAAAAUAUAUAACAGUUGUUUGAAAAGUAAGGUACAAGAGUUUGUGUUAAAAAAGCAUUGUUAAAGUGGAGACAUAGAUGUUUAUCCAACUUUUCUUGCAAAAGAAUAUAGUUCAUUAUAAAAGUUAUAAAUUAAAAAUAUAUCUGUACUAUUAGAUUUCAUAGUAGCAUAUAUUGCUAUGUUUAGUGUAUUUCUAAAUUUUUUCUUAAAUUGAAAAGCAGUAAAUAUAAAAUAUUUGU